AUGAUCCGCCAUGCGGAUGUCCAACGUGGACAGCAUCACUGCAGAGUGAAGUACCAGAAUACAAAAUUCCCACAGAGGAAUCUUUAACUGCAAGCAGCCAGAGGGGCACUCCAGAAAGAAGUGGAUAUAGAGAUGGAGCGCUGUCAUGAGCACCGUUCCUCUAGCCAGGAGAAAGAUGAAUUUAAUAGAGUGGGUGACUUAGCAGAAGGGGUAUCCACAGGGAACACAGCAUUUGAUGAGUCAAGCAAGAACAAGUUAAGGUUAACUCCAGUGAUGGCACACCUCCAAGAGAAGAUUACACUUGUGGAUGAUCUGCUGGCCAAGGUAAAGGAAAGAGAAGUUGCAGUCACGGCAUCACAUGCUGCCCUUAGAGCUGAGGUGAAGGCACUACUGGAAGAGAUGAUGGAGCUUCUGAGGAGCUACAGCACAGCAGGGAUGAAACUACUAGAGGCUGAGCUGAAGUCUAGAGCGGAGGCUGAGGAGAGCAGGGUCCAAAAGGUGUUAGAUCUCCAUAGGCAGCUGAAGAAGGCAGAGCUCCAGGCUAACACCCUGUUGGAUGAGCAAGACAAAGUCAGAUUCAGUGAAGGGAUUCUGGACAUUGAGAUGCGUGCUGCCAGCCUGAUGUUAAAUCCUCUGGAAAUCGAACAGAUUGAUGCAGAGGCUGCAAGCACCAACAUGGCUGGCAUGUAUGUGGAAAUGGAAUGCCACAACUACCAACUCCGUCUCAAUCUUGGGGCUGCCCAACGUCGUUUACGAGCUAUUCUUAACCCUUCAGAAGUGACCUUUGAUGCAGAGACACUGCAUCCUAAUUUGGUCCUAUCUGAAGAUCUCAAAACAGUGUCUUUUACUGCUUCCAAACAGCCUUAUCCAGCUGGACCGAACCGGUUCACCAGCUUCCUUCAGGCUCUGAGCUCUCAAAGCUUCUCCAAAGGAGAGCACUGUUGGAGUGUGGUGGCUGAAGGCUGCUCCUGGGUGCUAGGGGUGUGCUAUAGAGGGCUGCCUUGCUCUGGUAGUGGAAGUGGUCUGGAGAGCAGCACUGGAGCUUGGUGUCUGAUGUGGUGUAAUAACCUUCUCAGGGCAUAUGAGGGAGGACAGGACAUUCCACUUAUGCGCACCACGUCUCUGCGGAAGGUGGAGAUCCGUCUGAGCUUCAGCAACAAGAGUGUGGCAUUUUACAGCAUUAGCUGCAUUAAUGGAGCCAAAACUCACCUGCAUACAUUCAGUGUGAGCUUCACAAAGCCUAUCUGUUUAGCUGUGAGGAUGAUGUCUGGUCAGCCUAAUGCUCGAAUAACGCUGUGUGAGUAACAUACUGCUGUUUGUAAAGGUAGUUAUUAAGGUUUUGUUAGGCAAACAAAGUAUUUGUUAUUCUCACAUUCUUUGUCAAGUUCCCCCUGGCAAUAAAGCAAGCAAGCAACCUCUCUCUCUCUCUCUCUCUCUCUCUCUCUCUCUCUCUCUCUCUCUCUCU